AAUGGCGUCAAGUUCAUUGGUGUUGGCUACAAUUUGCUGAAGGGAAAUCCAGAUGGCGGAAGUGACCAGGAAGGGGGUGUGGAUCCAGGGCUGUUAGUACUGAGGAAAAUCUUCCAGUUGAGUUCUGGAGACAAACCAAAAGAGAUCGUGUUCGAAGAUCGGUAUAGCUGUUUGAAAAUUAGAUCUACUCAUGUAUUUUAUGGAGCGAAGUCUUACCAGGAUAAACUGGGAGUUGGUGUUGACACUUCCGUUUGCAGCGACUAUACCAAUCUCCGAUCAAUUGCAGGUUACAGUCACGCUAAAACAGAAACCAACGAGCAGAGGAAGGUCUUCUACGAUGAUGUCAACAUCUGUAACUUGGGACGAGUUCGUUUUGCCGAGGAGCUUGCUGAUUCUGACGGUUUCUCUGUGACCAGAAACUUUGCCAGUGCCAUCUGUCAUUUACCACAUGUGUACGAUAAACAAAAAUACAUGACGUUCUUGGACAAUUGGGGAACACAUGCGACAAUGGAAGUAGAAAUGGGUAACCGAACUAUCAACAGAUACCGAGCAUCACUAGCAGAAUUUAUCAAGCAUGUCCAGAAGUCAGGUGGAUUCGGCUUUCAUAUUGGUGGAUCUUAUAUGGGCGCCAGCGGCUCGCUGGGAGUGGAUUUCAGCAAAUUCAAACAAACAGACCAAUCUAGCUUGAAAUUUGGACAAUAUGAGUAUACGUUGCAUUCUGGACGGGAGGACAAACCAGAACCUAUUCAUCUGAAGCUGAAAACCAUCGUUAGUGCUUUGGAUCCCAUAUAUUGGACAUCACACGAGAUCCGGUCAGCUUGUCCCUCGGCUGAAACACGGAUUGCCUCAACGAAGCAGAAUAUGCUUCAAGCGCUGAAUGAGUACGCUGCGUAUAAAAUGGCACCAACUUCAGAAAACCCCGAGCUGAGGAUGCCUAUUACCUGGCCUGUUGGGUCGUAUGGUCUCAUGAAAACAACUUCUGGUUGCCCAUCAGGUCGAGUGCACUGGAGUGAGGGGUGGAGAUACCAGGAUACGGAGAACAUCAUCAAUAAAAACUCGUGGUCUAACCCCAUCCAUCUGUCUGGUGACAAAAGUGACUUCAAGUUUGAAUUCUGUAUGAAGGGGAACACAAGGAUAAGUGACUUCGACGUGGAGUGGCCGAGUGGGGAUUACUGUAUACUCAAGUAUGGAGGAUGUCCUUCAAGUCAAUUUAAAUCUGGUUGGAUCUACUGGGAUGAUGAGAAUUUCCGGAAUAAAGAUAAAUAUGGAGGCUCCCUUCCAGAUGGUCAGUUCUCCAGAGAUACGAAGAUCGAGUUCUGCUGCAGAGAUGACGGUCUACCCAGUAAAGAAAUCCUGCUACCAACAGAAAAGCCAUUUAUCAUGCUGAAGUACACUCGGGAGUGUCAACACGUCCAUGGGAUGACAGUGCGAGAAGAGUAUGUGAGGUGGGACGACCAAGAUGUCAUCAACCAUGACAAAGAAGGUGGAGCUCAUCCUUAUGACGAUGGUGGUCGACAUAACCAUCGCUUACAUUUCUGUUACUAUUCUCCUUCUAAACAUUUGAUUGGUUAA